AUGGAUAAAUCCCGCCAGGAGAUUGCAUCGCCGGCUUACAUGCCCCCUUUUCCACCAGCCUCUUCCUUGGUUCCUCAGGAUGACCUAGUCCUCCCUGCAGCCUUCAACGACAUAUCUCCCUUGGCAAGGGAGCUGCAGCCGCUGAGAUAUGAGGCUAGAGAUGAGGUGCAUAGAUUUCUCUGCGCCUUUCUCGAUCUCUCUCGAUUCAAUGCCAUACGCAGGAUGUUAUGGCUCAUCGCCGUCCAUGGAGCUCCCCGAUCACUAUACUACCAGAAGUUCCUACGCCGUGAAAUCGUAAUCGCAGAGGAACUGGAUCUUCAUCUCGUUUGGGCCAAGUCGAGAAUAUUCAUCAAGCCACUGCCGGACUUUCUCCUCAACUACGAAUUCUGGGAGAAUAACAUAUCGUCUGACCCUCAGUUGCACCGAGCAGCCUGUGGGCUUCUGUACUCUUACUGUGGCCUUGUUCGCUUUGGUCAUGACUUGCGGGUGGCUCAGGAAUCUCGUCUGAUCAAUGAGAACUUGGACUACCGAGCUUGGUCGGAUUUUGCCCGUACAAUACUGCCAAAUCUCAACCCCAAGGACUCCAAAAUCAUGGACAAGCGAUUCCAAUACGGGGAGUUGCGCUUGAAUCGGCUCGAUACAAUUUAUCGAUAUUCGCCUUACAAGUUUUCCAUAUCCAGCAUCCUUCAAGGUUUCCCCCAUGCUUUGACUGAGAGCUAUGUGCCAUACAUGGACCAGUACAAUAACGCGGUGUCAGCGUUUGGCAUCAUCUCCAGAUCCCGAUCUUCAGCAAGCAGCAUAUGGGUUCAGUAUAUUCGCGAUGAUUUUAUGCGCCGCCCUUACUGGGUUGUUUAUUGUAUUACCCUUAAUUUCGUCACUGGCAACGGUCUAUGGCUCUUUUGCAAUGUGGAGACAACUCGAGAAAAGGAAUGA